ACGCCGCCGCGCUGCAGCGGGAGGAAGAGGCAAGGGAAGGGAGCCGAGCCGCCACAACCACAACAACGGAGGAGACGCGGACGCCGCCGCCGCCGCCGCCAGGUUGGUUUCGAAUCCUCCCCUCCAACUCCAAGCACUCCCUCCCUCCCUCCUCGAUUCUCCUCUCCCUCCAAUCCCACAAGCCGCCGGCGUCCAUCCAUCGCCUCGCCAUUGCCGCGCUCUCCCUCCCUCCCUCCUUCCUCAAGCGGCCCCGGAAUCGCCGCGGCGGUUGCUGCAACGGACGGGACGGCCUUCGCCCCGGAGCGGAACUGAGUGAGGCUACCAGGGAAGAUGCUUCUCUUCAGAUGACAUAAACCGUGCCAGCGCGCGACACGCUUGACACCGAGAGAUGAAAAUUAGCGCGCUUCUGACCUCUGCGGGCAUUAACAUCGGCCUCUGUGUGCUCUUCCUGUCGCUCUACUCUGUUCUCAGGAAGCAGCCGGCCAAUGUCAGGGUAUACUUUGGCCGCAGGAUCGUCGAGGAGAAUGAACGGCUCCGGGGGGCUUUUAUCUUGGAGAGAUUUGUCCCAUCGACCGGAUGGAUAGUGAAAGCCCUGCAGUGUACAGAGGAAGAGAUCUUGGCCGCUGCUGGGUUGGAUGCUGUUGUUUUCAAUAGAAUUCUUGUAUUCAGCAUACGCAUCUUCUCCCUCGCUGCCCUUCUGUGUGUCUUCGGAAUUCUCCCUCUAAACUAUUUUGGAAAAGAUAUAAAGCAUGUUCGAAUCCCUUCGGAAUCACUGGAUAUAUUUACAAUUGGGAACGUGGAGGUGGGAUCAAGAUGGCUCUGGGUCCAUUGUGUAGCCCUGUACAUAGUUUCUGGAGUAGCCUGCAUUCUUCUGUACAUUGAGUACAAGCACAUUGCCAGGUUGAGGCUCCUUCACCUUACAAGUGCAACACCAAAUCCACGCCACUUUACAGUCCUUGUUCGUGGAAUACCAAAGACAGCUAAAGAAUCAUGCAGUGAUGCUGUUGACGAUUUCUUCACAAAGUAUCACUCAUCUAGUUAUCUCUUCCAUCAAGUUGUUUACAAAGUUGGGAAAGUUCAGAAGAUAAUGACAGGCGCAAAGAAGGCAUAUACGAAGUUCAAACAUUUCACAGAUGAAACUGUUGAUCAGGGAUGCAGGGCAAUUACCUACCGCUGUUGUUUCUGUGGAACCUCUUCAAAUUCUUUCAAGUUGUUGAACACUGAAUGCGAGCAGAACAGGGGGAAAACUGGCAAUGAAUCCAGCUUGAAAUUAGAUGAUGAGGAAUGCACAGCUGCUUUUGUAUUUUUCAAAACUCGUUAUGCCGCACUUGUCGCCUCAGAAUUACUUCAAACAUCUAACCCUAUGAAAUGGGUUGCUAAUCUAGCUCCAGAACCAGAAGAUGUGUAUUGGUCCAAUCUUUGGCUACCCUAUAAGCAGCUUUGGAUUCGUCGUAUAGCUACACUCAUAGGUUCUAUUGUUUUUAUGUUCUUAUUUCUGAUACCGGUGACAUUUAUACAAGGCCUAUCUCAGCUAGAGCAGCUGCAGCAGAGGCUCCCUUUCCUAAGAGGAAUAUUGAAGAAGAAAUACUACAUGACUCAGCUAGUGACCGGAUACCUUCCCAGUGUCGUACUGCAAAUUUUUCUGUACACCGUUGCACCAAUUAUGAUGCUAUUUUCUACAUUGGAGGGUCCUACAUCUCACAGCGAAAGGAAGAGGAGUGCUUGCUGUAAAGUGCUCUACUUCACAGUUUGGAACAUAUUCUUUGUUAAUGUAUUAUCUGGUACUGUCCUAAGUCAACUGAAUGUGUUAUCAAGCCCAAAGGAUAUUCCUAUCCAGCUUGCUAGAGCUGUACCUGGACAGGCUACCUUCUUCAUCACCUAUGUUCUGACCUCAGGAUGGGCUAGUUUGUCAUCUGAACUUAUGCAGCUCUUUGGUCUUAUAUGGAACUUUAUAAGGAAAUAUGUUCUGAGAAUGAGAGAAGACACAGAAUUCGUGCCCUCGUUUCCCUACCACACAGAAGUACCAAAAGUUCUGUUGUUUGGACUGUUGGGAUUCACAUGCUCUGUGCUGGCUCCUCUGAUCUUACCUUUUCUGCUGGUGUACUUUUUCCUUGGUUAUGUUGUAUACCGCAAUCAGUUGCUUAAUGUGUAUAGAACAAGGUACGACACAGGCGGUUUGUAUUGGCCAAUUGCACACAAUACAGUCAUAUUCUCUCUUGUGCUCACCCAGGUCAUUUGCCUUGGUGUAUUUGGCCUUAAAGAAUCGCCGAUAGCUGCAGGCUUCACCAUACCUCUUAUCAUCCUUACUCUUUUAUUUAACCAGUACUGCAGAAACCGGCUUCUUCCAUUAUUCAGGACUUUUCCUGCACAGGAUCUAAUUGACAUGGACAGGGAGGAUGAACGGUCAGGAAGAAUAGAUGAAAUUCACCACCGACUACAUUCUGCUUACUGCCAGUUCCCUGACACUGAAGAUGUACCCCUGGAGAAAAUUAAAAUUAUUGGUGGGGAUGAGGAGCAAGGUUCUAGCUCGGGCGAGUCCACUGGCAAAGAAACCCGUGAGGAUCCCAAACGGGACCUAUCCCACCCAACACUAAAAGGACUCCCGGUUAGCCGUCUCCGGCAUGCUGUGAAGUCGAUUACUUUCCUCAUCAGAUUGCAGAAAAGAGGUUUGUCAGAAUAGAAAAUCGGAUAAUUAGUUAGCCGGCCUGUCCGUUCAUGUAAUUGUACAUAGUACAGAGACAUACAUAGUACAGCGUUCCCUAAGAAAAAAGGGUUAACAUAGAAAUAUAUGAGAGCAUCGUUAUGGGUGCUGAGCAAUUUUGGUGUCUUUA